CUGAAACUGUCUUGCCUGUUUAAGUUGGAAAGGAGGGGCCACGAAUUGCAAAACCAUAAAGGCUGGGUUUCACUAGGCCAACUACUUCCUUCUGUAAACCACACCUAUUUUAUCAAGGAUACUUAAUGCAGUACUGAAGCAAUAGCCAGCAUGUUAGAAGGAAAUGACAGUGUCCCUUCAGAUGUGAAUAAUGCAUGUUGCUUUUCAACAUUCACCAAUGCUGAGAUUGUUUUUCUUCACCUGUUUCACAGCAUGUAUCACAGCAGAUACAGAACAAGAAUGCCCAAAGUUUACUGAACUUAGUAUAUUUGACUCAGUAAUUGGUACAAGUCUGAAAGUACAACUGCUUCUGUAUACAAGAAGAAACCAAAAGUGUGCAGAGGCUCUCAGUGAACACAAUCUAACAGUUUCUUCAUAUCUCAACGUGACCAAGAAAACUAUUAUUAUUAUCCAUGGCUACAGACCUACAGGUUCUCCACCAGUAUGGAUUGACAACAUUAAAGAUGAUCUGCUUGAAGAAGACGAUGUCAACAUUAUAAUAGUAGAUUGGAAUCGGGGUGCCACAACAGCAAAUUAUCAUAGUGCUGUUUUCAAUGCCAAGAAAGUAGUAGACAUUUUGAAGAAUCUGAUUGACCAAAUGGUGGAAAAUGGAGCCUCUCUCAACUCUGUUUAUAUGAUUGGAGUAAGCCUUGGUGCUCACAUAGCUGGAUUUGUUGGAAAGAUAUAUAAUGGCAAAAUUGGCAGAAUUACAGGUCUUGAUCCAGCAGGGCCGUCGUUUACCGGAAAGUCACCUGAAGAGAGACUGCAUUACACUGAUGCACAGUUUGUAGAUGUUAUUCAUACCGAUAUUGAUGUUUUGGGUUACAGGAAGCCCUUGGGAAAUAUUGAUUUCUACCCCAAUGGAGGAACAGAUCAACCUGGUUGUCCAACAACAUUAUUGGGUGGACUUCAGUAUUUCAAAUGUGACCAUCAGAGAUCUGUAUUUUUGUAUCUGGCAUCACUGAAGCACAAUUGUAAUGUAACAGCAUACCCUUGUGAUUCAUAUGUGGAUUAUAGAAAUGGAAAAUGUGUGGACUGUGAAGCUUUUGCACCACUUCCUUGUCCAGUAUUGGGUUAUUAUGCAGAUAAAUGGAAAGACCAUUUAACUGAAAAGUACCCUCCUGUGACAACUGCUUACUUUGACACUUCAGACAAAGACCCAUUUUGCAUGUAUCAUUACUUUGUGGAUAUCAUUACCUGGAACAAAAGCAAUAGGACAGGUUUCAUAAAAAUCAAAAUAACUGACAAUGCAGGAAAUACAACAGAAUCUAAAAUUGAUAGUGAUGUGGCUGAAUUUCGCCAAUAUAGGCAAGCCAAGAUACUGAGUGGAUUUUAUCUGGAUUUAGACAACAUAUCAAAAAUCGGCUUGACAUUUUCUACUGGGAGUGUAGUAGGCCCAAAGUACAAGCUUAGAGUCCUUCAAAUGAGAUUAAAAUCCCUUUCUCAUCCAAAAAGGACUCAGCUGUGUAGAUAUGAUUUCAUAUUGCUGGAAAAUAUUGAAACAACCUUCAGACCCAUCCCAUGCCAUGACAUUGAUGUCUGAAACAAUAGUCUUUUUAAAGUGCAUGUUCUUGAUUGUAUUGUGUAUUGUGUUAUGAGCUGGCUGGAUGGCACAGUGGUUUAAGUAUUCGGCGGUAGAACUCAAUUUCCCAGUGUGCCUCCUAUGAGUAGAGCCAGCCUGUGUGGCCUUGGCAAAGCUGCACAGUCCCAGAAGUGU